AUGGAUAGCAAAAUCCGCAAUGCUCAAGAGAAGGACCAGCCUAAAAAAAUUAAUGAACACACUAAAGAUGAGCCUCAGGAGAAAGGGGAACUGAAUGGUUUAUCUUCAGCACCACUGACCUCAGAGAAGAAUAUGGAGGCUAACCCUAUGAAUAUGGUUGAGACAAAGAGAGUGGAUGAUGCUAAUAAGACCCCCAGAGAAGUAUCACCUCCUCUCCACAUACCAUACAGGAUCACAGGAAACCAAAAUAAACCCCCUACCAGUGAUCCGGAAGUCGUAAAGAUCCAGGCCUGGUGGCGUGGUACACUGGUGCGCCGGACGCUGCUGCAUGCGGCCCUCAGAGCUUUGAUCAUUCAGAACUGGUGGAGGCAGAAGCUAGUGAAGCUGCUGGAGGAUAAGCGGCGGAUGGCACUGGAGACCUUUAUACAGAGGGAGUGGGCAGCAGUCAGGCUGCAGUCCUGGGUCCGCAUGUGGCGCAUCCAUCGGCGGUAUUGCUGUUUGCUCAACGCUGCCCGCAUCAUCCAGGCCUACUGGAGGUGCCACUCCUGUGCUACCCAGGGUUUCAUCAAGGGCCACUACACAGUCACGGCCAACCAGCUGCAUCUCGAGCUAGAGAUCUUGCUGGGUUCAGAGCCUUGCAUUGUGACGGAGUGUAUUCCCCUCCCAAUAAAAGAGUGA